AUGUCAAAAUUAUCAUUGUUAUUAACAAUGAUGAUGGCUAUAAUGGCAAAAUCAGUUUCACUUAAACUUAACUAUGGUGAUGCAUUGACAAAAAGCAUUUUAUUUUUUGAAGGUCAAAGAUCCGGAAAAUUGCCACCUUCACAACGUAUGAAAUGGAGAAAAGACUCUGCCCUUAAUGAUGGACAAGAUAUUCAUAUGGAUAUGGUUGGUGGAUACUAUGAUGCUGGUGACAAUGUAAAAUUCCAUUUUCCUAUGGCAUUUACAACCACAAUGCUAGCUUGGAGUGUGAUAGAAUUUGGAGAUAAAAUGGGAUCAGAUUUGCCACAUGCAUUGGAAGCAAUCCGUUGGGGAACUGAUUAUUUCCUCAAAGCCACAAGAGUCCCAAAUGUGGUUGUAGCACAAGUUGGAAAUCCCAAUAGUGAUCAUGGUUGUUGGGAAAGGCCAGAAGAUAUGGACACCUCUAGGCAAGCUUAUUAUUUGACACAAGAUAAGCCCGGCUCAGAAGUUUCGUCUGAGAUUGCGGCUGCACUUGCAGCGUCAUCUAUUGUAUUUCGCAAAAUCGAUCGAAAAUAUUCUAAAGUGCUUCUGGCUAGCGCUAAACAGGUGUUUAACUUUGCAAAUAAUCACCGUGGCUCUUACAAUGAUUCCAUUGGUGAUGGAGUAUGUCCCUUCUACUGUAAUUUCAAUGGUUACAUGGAUGAGUUGAUUUGGGGUUCAUCAUGGUUGUAUAAGGCUUCUAAAGAUCAAACUCAUUGGAACUUUAUAAAAUCAAAUAUACAAUCCAUAAAAUUCACUUCUAUUGUUAAAAAUAUCAAUGGUUUUAAAGUUCUAACUAAUGGUGGUAGUUUUGCUGAAUUUGGAUGGGAUUCUAAGCAUGCUGGCAUUAAUGUCCUUGUUUCUAAGUGGGUGAUGAAGAAUCCAUCAGACCAAAGUCUUUUUGUUCCUAAUGCAAACAAACUUGUAUGCUCUUUGUUGCCCAAUUCACCAACCAAAUCAGUCACAUACUCCAAAGGUGGGCUUCUGUUCAAAGUUGGAUCAAGUAACCUACAACAUGCAACAUCACUUUCUUUUUUGUUAAUUGUUUAUGCUCGCUAUAUGCAAGCUAAUAACAAAGUGGUACGAUGUGGAAAUGUAGUUGCUAAACCAUCUGAUCUCAUUAAUCUUGCAAAAACACAGGUUGAUUAUAUUCUAGGAAAGAACCCAUUAGGAAUGUCAUACAUGGUAGGCUACGGAAAAAAAUAUCCUCAGAAGAUACAUCAUCGUGGUUCAACUUUGCCAUCAUUUGACGUGCACCCAAAUCGUAUGGGCUGCCGUGAUGGAGACAAAUAUUUUCAAUCAUCAACACCUAAUAUAAACGUACUAACAGGAGCAAUUGUUGGAGGACCAGCGGAUGAUGAUUCUUUUCAAGACUCACGAUAUAAUGUUUCUCAAUCAGAGCCAGCUACAUAUAUCAAUGCUCCUUUUGUUGGAGUUUUGGCUUACUUCAAAUAACAUAUAUAGCCUUUGUUCCAUGGUAGACUUUUAAUUAAUAUCCUACAUAAUUUAGAUUUUCAUGAUAGUUAUCAUUUAAGUUUUUAGGAGUAGCCAGCCUCUCACUCUAAUGCAUUUAGGUUUACUUGUGCAUUAUUUAGAAGCUGCUACUUUUCAUUUUAUUUCAAUGUAAUAAAUAUAUUGUUGGUGUAAAAUAAUUUUAUGCGAACAUUCAAUAAAAUUUGAAAAUUUGGUAGAUUAGCCUAG